CACUCGUCUGGUCAUGCGCUUCUUUGCGACGCGAUGGCUGCUUCCAGUCUAGAGCGGUGGCUAGCGAGAUUUUUACGCUAUGCUUCCCAGUUAUUUCUGUCCGUCUUUAUCUUUUUUACAUCUGCAACAAAACGAUGUUCGCAGCUUCGGAUCCCUCCUGCCAAACAUCCUUUGCUUCUCUUGCCGGCAGUAGAGCUCGCUCGUCGGAUUCGACGGAGGGAGGUUCCCUGUGUGGAAGUGGUGCAGACUUACAUCAGCCGUAUUGAGGAGGUGAACCCUGAGGUGAAUGCUGUUGUCAAGGACAGAUUCACAUUAGCCUUGCAGGAGGCUGAGCAGGUAGAUAGACUACUUGCAGAAGAGAGUGAGGAUGAAGCAUCUCUGGAAGAAAAGUAUCCCCUGUUGGGUGUUCCAGUCACUGUGAAGGAGGCUUUUGCUUUGCAGGGGAUGCCAAAUUCCUCUGGGCUAGUAAACCGGCGCUCUCUUGUGGCCCAGUUUGAUGCUGCUGUUGUGUCUCUGGUGAAGCGGGCAGGAGCCAUCCCUUUGGGAGUGACUAACUGCAGUGAAGUGUGUAUGUGGAUAGAAUCAAGCAACAAUGUAUAUGGCAGGAGCAACAAUCCUUACAGCCUUGACAGGAUUGUGGGAGGAAGUUCAGGAGGGGAAGGCUGCAUUCUGGCCAGUGCAGGGUCAGUUAUUGGGAUUGGCUCAGAUAUAGGAGGAAGUAUUCGCAUGCCAGCUUUCUUUAAUGGGAUAUUUGGACAUAAACCCACUACAGGAAUUGUGUCAAAUGAUGGUCAGUUUCCAAAUGCUGAAGGCAGGCAAAUAGACUUCCUAUGCACUGGGCCAAUGUGCCGUUAUGCUGAAGACAUCAUUCCAUUGUUAAGAGUUAUGGCAGGCCCACGCUCAGAGAGGUUAAACCUCUUAGAAGUGGUGAAUCUGAAGCAACUCAAGUUUUAUACAAUGAAAUCAGAUGGAGGCUCUGCUUUUGUGUCUGCAGUCGACAGAGAACUUAUAGCUGUUCAGCAACAGGUGGUCAAGCGACUAGAAGAUGAUCUGGGGGUCAUAGUUCAAGAAGUUAAUAUUCCUCAGUUUAGGUACUCUUUACCUAUAUGGUCUGCUAUGAUGGCUGCCCGCAGUGCUGAUGGAAAGGUUGCUACAACGUUUACUGAGCUUUUGGGAGACCAUGGCAAACCUGUGUGGCCUCUGUGGGAGCUGCUAAAGUGGAUGCUGGGAUUUUCGUGUCACACUCUUCCAGCAAUUGGCCUGAGUCUUGCAGAGAAGUUCCAGAAACUAGAGCCCAAACCAGGCAUAUUGCAGAAAACACAGGAGCUUAAGAAGGCGAUGGAGGAUUUGCUGGGAACCGAUGGAGUUUUCUUGUAUCCUUCCCAUCCUCAAAUUGCUCCAAAACACCAUCACCCCAUUUUCACUCCUUUUAACUUUGCAUACACAGGUAAUAUACUUUAUAAAAGAUGUCUUCAGAUUUUAUGUGCCUGA